AGCGUGGGGAAAGGAAGGCGGGGAGUGCCGUUAACCCCGCGAGGCGCGCGCGGGGGAAGGGCCAGGUUGGUUGGUGGCGGCGGAACCAACUAAGAUUAAGGCUGCCUACCGGGGAAGGGCCAGGUUGCCUCGCCCCCUCCGAAGCAGGGAGCGAGUUCUGAAGUUUUUACCCUGACAUGGUCAAUACUGCUUGCUACAUGGAGUUAUGAAGUAAUUGCCGUGUGAAAUUGACUUGGCAGCAUAAAAAAGAAACAGAGGAGAUGCUUACGUAGGAGAUUUAACCCACAGUUAUCAUAAUGCUCUGCUGAAACAGUUGAUCAAGUACUUUGGAUGUGUUUGUUGCUAUGGGAGAUUGGAACACUAUUACAGUGCCAUCACUGUCACCAGAUAAUAAUAUUACUUGGUAUACCUCAGCCAAAAACAUGUCCCCCUCUAGCUUAAAUGUGCAGCAAGAGCAACGCUCGCAACAGCCUUUGUCCAAAAGCGCACAUAGCCUUUUCAGUGCCUUCUGCACAGAACAGAAUGUGGAACAGAGCCUCUCGUAUCUUAACAGGGAGCUGACUACACAAGGCUUCCCUUCACUUUAUGCAGACUCUAAAGGUAAAGAGUUAAAUGUAAUAUCAAUCUUAAAUUGUAUGAAUGAACUGCUCCUGCUUCAGCGCAAGACUCUCCGAGCUCAGGAAGAAGCAGAAACUCAGCAUCUAAAACUGGGCAGUGAUAUGGACCAUCUGCAAAAUAGCUACACUAAAUUAAAGGAGCAACUGGAAACCUCUAGAAGAGAAAUAGCUGGACUUCAAGAAAGGGAUAGACAACUGCAGUGCAAAAACAGGAAUCUUCACCAGUUACUCAAAAAUGAAAAAGAUGAGGUGCAGAAACUACAGAACAUAGUUGCAAGUCGAGCUACCCAGUACAAUCAUGAUAUGAAGAGGAAAGAAAGAGAAUACAACAAACUGAAAGAGCACUUUCAUCAACUUCUUAUGAACAAAAAGGAUAAAAAAAUGGCCAUGGAUGUUCUAAACUACGUAGGCAGAGUUGAUGGCAAGAGAGGCGCAUGGAGAACUGGAAAAACAGAAGCUAGGAAUGAAGAAGAAAUGUACAAAGCUCUCUUAAAUGAUUAUGAACAGCGACAGAAACAGCUUCUGUUAGAAAAUGCUGAGCUCAAAAAGCUUCUUCAACAAAUGAAGAAGGAGAUAAUUUCUCUCCUUCCACCACAGAAGCAGAAGCCUAAGGAGAAGACUGAAGAUGGAACCGUUCUCUCAGAUAUGGAGGAUGACCCUGGAGAAGCAAAUAAAGAGAAUGUGUGGGAACUUUCUUGUGAAACAGUGCGCGAGCAGCUUGCUAACAGUAUUCGAAAACAGUGGAGAAUGCUGAAAAAUCAUGUUGAAAACCUGGAUAACCAAGUAUCCCAUGUACAUUCUGGAUCACUGAAUGACAAAGAUACAAUCUCAAGAGAGAACCAUGAGUUGGAAGUUGAAAGGUUACAGCUGGAAAUUCAGCAGUGCAAGGAGAUGAUAAAAACACAACAGCAGCUCUUACAGCAGCAGCUAACUUCUCCAUGUGAUGAUGAUACCAAUAUGUUGCUACAGGACUGUUACUUGCUGGAAGAAAAAGAGAGGCUGAAGGAGGAAUGGAAACUGUUCAGAGAACAGAAAAAGAACUUUGAAAGAGAGCGCAAAAGUUUCACAGAAGCUGCUAUUAGACUAGGACUUGAGAGGAAGGCAUUUGAGGAAGACCGUGGAGCUUGGCUGAAGCAACAGUUCUUGAGUAUGACUCCUGAUCAAAAUAAAUGUGAUCACACGAAAUCUCAAAGCGCCUUCUGGGGAAGUUCUGACUCAGAUAAUCCAUUAGCAACUUUCAGAUAUCGCCAAAAGAAAAUGAAUCACUUAACCAGUGUCUCUAAAUUCUCAGAUGGUUGUCAAGCAACUCAGCGUAUUCUUGAGAACAGUGCUCUUCCAGAUAGAACAUCUGAAGACCAAAAGCCAAGCCAGGUUAGAAAGGAACAGUUGAGAAAGAUGCAGACUAGUGAUGCCAGCCCUGUUACACAGGAUGAUGUGGACAGUUUACAUGUGCUACUGCCGGCCAACUUACACACAGAGCGCAUAGAUAACUUGCCUUAGAUUCUUAACUUCUUUCACUAUCUUUGUUAAUCACAUGUGUCCAUAAACUUUCUGACUGCAUUUGGCAUAACAGGGUGUUAUACCUGGAAUUGAUUAGUAGAAGUGAUAGCAGUUGUGCCUGUAUGUGUGGUUUUUUUUAGGAUUUUUCUCCCCACCGCAGACCUUUCCUAUCUGUAAACUUUUGAAAGGCUAUUAAAAAAAAUACUUGAGAUAUGUAUAUUGUUACAGCAGAAAUAGUUCUCAAACUGAAGCAAUGUGUGAAUCUUCUGAUAAUGAAAUGUUUCAGCAACUGUAUUAUUUCCUCCCUGUAAAAGUAGCACUUUUAGCACUAUUAUGGUAAAAUAUUCACUUGCAUCUCAAGUGUAACUGGCAUUGAAACUUUCUCCCCCCCCCCCCGGAACUUGAAUGUACAGUAUAUUGUAGAUGAUUAACAUGACAGGUCCUAUAUUUAUUGUGCAAUUUCAGAUUACCUCUUUUCAUAUAUCUUUAAAAAGAAAAAAAACAAGGCCUUAGCCUACAAAUAGGAGAUAUAAAUGAUUAUGCGACAAUGCCAUGAAAUGAAAGUCCUAGAUCCAAAAAAAAUCAUAGUAUUUUACAUGCCAAUUGUUACUGAGUUUUUUUAUUGUGAUAUUAUGUUUACAGAUGAGUUUUUUUUUAAAAAAAGCUCAGUCAAAAGAUAAUUUUAUCUUAAAA